CAAUAAGCCUUAAUAAAUUCUCAGUGGAUUUAAACUUUUGUAAUGUAUUGAUCCAUUGUAUUCAGUGUCAGACAACUGUUUGUCUAUCAAAUCAUAACUUUCCGCGUUGAGGAAUGGACUUUUUGAAAUCAUUAUCUACUCUUUGACUGGGAUUUCUCUCGCUGACAUUCCGUUGUCAUGGUGGCGCGCUGUCAAAUUGAUGCCCGUGUCGCAGUGUCUCUUCGACAAAGCAAGUAUGCACCUGAAAUUGAUCUGUUUCUACAGCUUUCAUUACUUCAGUUACAUUGACUCAAUAAAUGUUAGUCUGCAUGAAAACAAGCGGAAAUGAUCUCAAUAGGAAAGUAGAGAUUUAAUGCUUUCAAAAAUACGUCGUGCAUUUGUUACGGUGCGUUAUUAAUUUAUAAGACUCUGUAGCUUUCAGGAAGGAUGUUAGUAGUUAUUUCCCCAGAGACUUCUUUGAUGACCAAAUUCGCCUGAAAUUUAAUGAACCAUUGUGACAUUACAGCCAGGGAAAGGUGCGCUUGGUCUGUAGUAUGGAUACCACGACACUAGAACAGUGGAACACUUCUCUUUCGAAAAAGUUCACGGUCAGCACAAUUCUUCAGUGCUGUUACCUUGUUGUCGGAGUGCUCGGAAACUUACUGGUGAUAUCUAUGUAUAAAUUCAAAAUGAGGGGCCAAAACGAGGACCGCUUUUUUAUCCCAGUGUUGGCAGUGGUUGACCUGGCAGGAUGUCUCACAUCAGCCUCGCUAUCCCUGACUCGUAACUUGUUUCCAGUGAUGUUUCCAAGUGAAGUUAUUUGUAAGCUCCUGUUUUUUAGCACCUCUUUGACCAUCAUAAGUUCUUUACUUCUUUUACUAGUCAUCUCUGUUCAGCGCUACCAAAAGAUUUGUCGACCAUUCGGCUGGCAGAUGACAGAGAGCCACAAGUACUGCUUUGUGGCGAUGACUGUGUGCUGUGCCGGACUGUUGUCCAUUCCUGUCAUUGUUUUGUAUGGAAAGCACCCAAUUCAAAGGGCCAACAUCACCGGCGUUCAGUGUGGGGUCGGAACAGGUAAACAUGGCGAUCUGGCUAUCUACAACUACAUUAUUUUGACCUUAGAGUGUAUUGCCGUUGGUAUAAUGACUUACCUUUAUUUCUUAGUCGGUAAGAGGGUUUUCUACAGUUUUAAAAGUAUGAAGAGUUACAGACGUAAUUUUUCAAUUUCAAAGAACUCCAAUGCAGCUGUACACUGUCCUUCAGAAGAUGAGAGUUUUAUCUCUAAAGAAAGUGCAGAUAUUUGUACAGACAGGAAUGAGGAGAAAUUGAAGGAAAACCAACCAGUGACAGAAAAUUCAUCAGAUCUCAAGAAAGAAAACAACAGCCAGGAACUCAUUCAUAUUCUUGUAUGUAACGCAAGCACACAGACAAUGCCUAGACGAACAGCGAAAAAGUCAUUGAGCAUUGAUACGCAGUGUAGGAGGGAUCACAAUGACAGAGAACUACUGGAUAACACAGACUGUUCCGCUGAGGACGCUCCGGUAUUUAUCUGUGAUUCGGUGGAUCUUCCAUCCGAAAAAGGGGAACUCGAUUCUGUACAGGAAAAUGGCGUAGAUGUAAAACAAUUGUUGAAGAAAAACAUCGACAACAGCUGUACAGAAAAAGCAGAGAACCAGGAUGCUGUGACGAAGAAAAUUAGAAGUCAGAGUGUAGUGUCACUUACUAACAAGAGAAAUCAAAGUGUUCCUUGUUUUGGCAAACAAAGAAACCAAAGUAUUUCAUCUUUUAGUAAAAGCAGAAAUCGAAGUGCACCAUCCUUAAAUAAAAACAAAAACCAGAGUGUAGCAUCUUUUAGUAAGGACCGAAAAGCGUCAAAUGUAGACUCUAUAUAUAGCAAUAAAAACACGUGUACGGCUCAUCGCUAUACAAUUAUGUUCAUCGUCAUAUCGUUCGUGGCUAUUGUUACGUAUAUUCCACCGUGGAUAUUUAUCAUCAUGGAGACACGGGACCACGACUUUUGGAGUGAGCUGACAUACAGCGAGAGCGUUACCUUUAUCAUCAUCCGCCGGAUUUACAUUAUCAAUCACGUGAUUAAUCCAGUCAUAUAUGGACUUUUUGACGGACGAUUCCGGUACACACUUAAGAAAAUGCUUUGUCCAAAGGUGGAUAUAACAUUAUGACAUUGUAAAUUAGAACUCUAUUCUGAUAAAUGUCAAUCAAG